GUAUCUCCAGUGCGAAAACGCGUGUCCUUACUAUGGGUCUAGUGUCCUCCUUGUAGCGAGUAUUUUGUGACCAUACCUUAGAUCUGAGUACCUCGUCCGCCAGUUUAAGGCUACCCGUUUGUCCAGCCAACAUGAUACGCCAUAUAAUACUCUAGUGGAGCGCUUAAGCUAGCGGCAAUUUGAAUUCACCGUUUGCUGGCUGUUAAUUUAUUAGCGAUAUCAUUCUAGGUAUCCUGGGAUUUUGCCCGCGGAGCACCGCCACGCGGCCUCGUCAUGCAGCAGCAGCAUCCAUUAGGACACCAGGCGGCGGCGAGCAGCGUACAGCUUUUGCAAGCAUGGGCUGCAGGGGGAGCUCUUAGCGGCAUGUCUGGACGGAGCCGCAGUGGCCGGCUUAUGGGAACCGCUGGCGAAAUUGCGCGAAUGCAACUGCCCGCCAGUCAACAUGUCGGUAACCCGACUCCAGCCGAUGGCGAAUACCCUGUUGGCGAUUCGACGGGAUCUUCUCCUCGCACGCAGCAACUGUCGCAGCUUCAAAAUGGUCGCGGCCGGCACCAACGUCAGGUGCAUUACGACAAUGCCACCGCUGCCCAUCACAAUCGCGCACAGCAAUUGCAAGCCCAGCAGCAACAACAACGCCCCCAGCACCGCCAACCAGAGCCUGAUUACCAACAUGAACACCAACAGCCGCAGAGACCUAAGAGUGUUAACUCCAGGAUCAUUGCAUUUGUACGGGAUGGGAUGUUAACACUGCAGCUGCCCUUGGAUGAUGCUGACCUUCAAUCCUCUGGCAGUUCUGGCUAUGCUAUCACUCCAAUGGACUUGGCAACAGGCCAGCCAUUGGGCCCUAGCCACCUGGUAAACACAGCUAGUUUGGUCGCGGCUGCCGCAGCUGCAGAGCGCAGCCGACAGCGGCAACAGCAGCAACAACAGCUGCAUCAACUCCUCCUGCAGCAGCAACAAGCCCGACAGCAGCAAGAGGAGCUACAACUGGAACGCGCAGCUGCGGCGGCCGCGGCGGCCCAGCAGCAGCAACGCAAGCUAUCCUGCAGCACCGCCGAAGCGCUUGAAGGCCACCCGACACAGCUGCAUCAGCUGAUUAAGCUGAAGGAUGCAGGCGCGGCUCGCCCCUCCAGGAUUGCGGGUUUAAUGAGCGACCGAGUCCCUGACGGCGUUUCAGACGGGGGUGCUGCUGACAGCGGAAGCCAAGGUUGUGGCGUCGGCGGCAGGCGCGGCAGUGACGGUUGCCGUGGCGGCGGCGGCGGCGGGGAUGGAGACGCAGAUGGGGGCUGGGAUGACGCAGCGGAGCCCAACGGCGGCGGCGGCGCUGCUGCCGCCGUUGCCGCCGUACAUGCUGCCCUUCGCAGCGGCCAGCCGCAUGCGCUUGCUGCGGCGCUAGCAGCUCUACGAGAGCAUCAGCAGCACCAGCAGCAACAACAAGAGCAGGAACACGAACAGCAGCAACGACAACGACAAGAGCAACAGAAUCAAAACGGCCGGCGCCACGUCACCCAACACGCAUCUCGGCAAGCCCUUGAACUGACGUACGACUUACGACUGGGAGGCCAGGAGGACUUGUACGACAGCGCGCAACAGCAGCAACAACAACAUCUGUCCCAAAAAGAACGGCACCAGCCGUACGACAACAGCAGCAGACAGCUUGCCUUGUACAACAGGCCGCGAGCGGAUGCCGUACCUGACCGAGCCGACAGCGCAAUUGCCUACGUCACCCGUCGUGGGGAUGCGCUGAUCCCGAUCCCCGCUGCAUCAUUGAGAGGUGUAGAUUCGGCCCCAAAGCGGCCGGUGGAUGUGUCAGCGUUCAUGGUGAACGGUCGGGAUGCCGUACAGAAACAAACCAGCGGUGGCGAUGGGGCUAGGGCGGGGGGUCGUGGGGCCCUGCAGCAGCAACCACCGCAGCAACCGCAGCAGCAGCACACGGGCGCCAUGCGUGGAAGGAUGCCCGUCCCUCAGGACCUGGCGCAACGGUCCCGUCACCGCAGCAGCCACGAUGGGUACGACAUCCAUGGUCAUGGCGGCCAAAUCCGCGGUGUGCCGUACGACGUCGCACCGCCGUACGACGAUGCUGACGUACAACAACUGUUCGGCAGGGGCUCGACGGUGGCGACGGUAGGGCGUCAGAUGCAGGAGGGCGUUGGCGCGAGCCGCAAACACGCUUUGGGAGCAGCAGCCGUAGGGGAAGCAGAGGGCGAUGGUGACAUGGGGCCUCAAUUGCAAGCAGCGCCUCAUGCCAACGGCGGCUCCGCUGUUCCCCCCUCAACACGGCCCGUUAGUGCCGUUGCGCUCGCCGGCAUGAACGUCUUGCGGCUGGCCGCAAUGGCUCAGCAGCGAGCGAGCGCCGCCGCCGCAGGGCAGGGGGUGGGGUUGCUAAACGAAUCCGGAGCCGCUGGAGACCCCGCCGGGCAUGUACGGAAGGGGCUGCCCUCGUCAAUUGCAGUUCAACAGUAUGGUGACGGCGGCCGCGGUGGCGGCAGCGCGUACGGGCCUCCCGACGCUUCCGGCGCAGCAGCAGCCGCGGCGAUCCUCGAUGGGAGGCAUGGCCGGGGCGGUUCCGUUGCCGCCGGUGGAGGGGCAGGAAGGGAGCGUGGCGGCGGCAGCGGCGGCGUGGGAGUUAGGGCUGCGGUCGAUGGUGGCGGCGGUGGUGCGGCAUUCCCGUACGGUGACGCUCGCAGCAGUCGUCGUGAUACCGUUGGCACAGCUGACGGCGGCGGCGGCAGCCGGGAUUCGAAGCCACGUUUGCGGAAGUCGGAAACAGACGCGCUUGCAUCGCUUCAGGCUAUGCUGCAGGGCCAGCAGCCAUACCCGUCGCUUGCAGCGGCCGCAGCGGCGGCGGCGGCGGGGUCAGCCGCGGCGGCGGCGCGGGCCGCAGGCCCUGGUGCUGCCGCCGUCGCGGCUGCAGCGGCAGCGUUGAUGACGGUAGCCGCGAGGUCGGCGAGACAACCCUCAGCCGCCGCCGCAGAGCCGGGGCCGGCUGCCGCCACCGCUAAAUUCCAGGUGCCCUGUACGGCGGCCGCCACCGGCAAGAAGGAGGGCUUCGGAGGCGGCGGAGGCGGAGGCGACGCCGGCGGCAGUGGCAGCAAGAGCAGGGUGACGCCACCGGCGGCGGGGGAUAAGGCAGGGGAAGGCGGCAAGGGUGCGGAUAAAGGAGGUCGCGGUAGCGGAGGCGGAGGUGGCAGCAUGGGGAGAGAGGGCAGUCCUGCCGCCGCUGGGCAGACUCCGAAGCAGAAUAACCAGCGUGACACGUUCCGCCCGGCUCGAGCACGUGGUGCCGUACGGUACCGUGGAGUACGACAACGGCCUUGGGGAAAGUACGCGGCGGAGAUUCGAGACCCCAUCAAGGGCGGCCGAACCUGGCUCGGUACCUUUGACACGGCGGAGGAGGCGGCCCGGGCUUACGAUGACGCAGCUAGAGCACUCCGCGGUCCCUCCGCGCAGGUCAACUUUCGGUUGCCGGACGACGGCGGCGGCGGUGACGCGACAGCUGCCGGCACGGCACAGGGCGGCGGCGGCGGCGGUGUGGGCACGGACGAUGAUGUCUCGGAGGACGGGGACGACGUCACCGUUGGGGUCCCCGCCGGAUCUGAGAACGGGGACGAUGGCGAGUGGAUUACGGCAGCAGGCAAGAGGAGCCCGCCUGACUACCUGUUUGGUGGGGGGCUGGAGGGCUUGUCGGGUCUAGAUGCCAUCGCUGCAGCCGCAGUUGCUGCGGCGGAAGAGGAGCGGAUGGCUGAAGCAGCUGCAGCGGAGGCUGCGGCAGCUGCGGCAAAGGGAGAGGCUGCGGCAGGAAAGGAGAAGGAGGAGGGCGGAUCCGCUCAUAUCCGCAGUGGGGCUUCCGAACCGUUGCCGGUACGGAUGGAGCGAGAUCAGGAGCAGCAGCCGCCGCAACAAGGGCAGCAGCAACAAGAAGGACAGGGGCAUCAGGAGCAGGAACAACAGCAGCAGCAACAGGAGCAGACGAGUAGUAGACCGGAGAGGUUGAUGGACCCAGAGCAACAAGGGCUGCAAGGACAGCAGCAGCACCAGCAGAAUAACGAGACGAAGCACAUGAUGUGGCAACAGGAGCAGCCGCAACAACAGGACCAGCAGGGGCGACACGGCCAGCAGAUGCCGCCGCCCUCGCCGCAGCAGCAGCGGCAGCAGCAGCAGCCAUGCGUGUGGGAGGUUAGCCUGUCUGCUUCCCCUCUGGACAGUCGCCUCAUGGAGCAACAGCAGCAGCACCAACAACAACAACAGCAGUCAGAACAGCAGCAACAAGACCCGCUUCUAAAAGGCCAGUUUCCGGGUUUUGAUGACCACGGGCUGCCGCGCCUGCUUGGUUAUGCAGCCGCCACAGCAGCAGCCGAGGGGGCAUCCUCAGCGGCAGCAGCAGCAGUAUCAGCUCCUGGCGGUUGCGGGACGUCCGAGUUGGCGCAGCUGCAACAGCGGCAGCAGCAGCAGCAUCAACGACAGCCCUCGGGGGCAGCGGUGGUCGAUUGCGGGUACGGCAGCUGGGGUGCCGUGAUGGUCAAACAGGAGCCGUACGAGGCGCCGUCGCAACAGCAGCAGCAGCCGCUGGGACCCAUAAGUCACCCGGGUGUGCUGGGUGGAGAUGGAGGUCUGGGCGGCCGCAUGACCGAUGCAUUUGCGAGAGGUGACAGCAGGGUUGGCGAGGAGGUGCAACGCCGGCGGCGGCGAGAGGAGUUGGAGGGCGGAGGGGCUGCGGGGUGUGAUGCGGCUGAGGCAGCUGCGGCGGUAGGCGCCGGGGGCAAUGAGGAGGGCGACGAUGGGCGGCCGUGGCAGCGGCCUAGGCUUAAUGGCGACUUUGCGGAAUAGCAUUAAUCCGCAUAUUUUGUCGUGUUAGGACCUUCUUCAGCAUCUUUCUUGCAUAGGCGCAUCCUUGAGUUGCAGCUAGCUGCGUUGGCAAAUGGUAUGUAGGUAGGAAGCUUGUGUUUUGGCAUUAAGGAGUAGAGGUAGGGAGGCUAGGUUGGAUUUGGAUCUUUUUGAUGGGUUUGUGUUGGCUAUUCCUGGAAGGCAUGGAACGAAGGCGCGUGCUGCGCCGGAAAGCGGAAUUGGACAGCCACGAAGCCAUGAAACCCUAAGCCGGAGGUCCAAAAUGUGAUGCUAGGUGGGGGAAAGGAAGCGACGAGGUAGGACCCUAGAGCAGCAUGGCGAAGAGGACAGAGAAGGACUGCAACUCCUGGUGACUACCGUACUCUGUGAUCUUGCUGCCUAGGUGACAUCCAAUGGCAUUGCAUCUGUGCUGUCUUUGCUGUCUUAACAGCAUCGGGGCCGGUCGGCUUCAUGAUGGCAACAUUCAUGUAUUAUCAAUGUUUGUUUUGAUGACUCAUGGGGGUCUCCUAGUGAGCAGGCAUUCCCGGUACUGCUGACAACGCGUUGGUUGCUGUUGUCGUCGUACAUUCGGUUGUUGUCGUGCACAAGGAAUAAGGUAGUGCACCAGAUAUUGCUAUGACACGCGGGAACGUCUUUGCCAUACCUGUGUGACACACCGUAUGUGUGGGUAUUGUAUGGCAAGACUUCAGUUGCUGGCGUGAGCAUCGUGCAUGGGCUUGCUUUCGAUGGCGGGGGCUGUGCUGUACGGGGUACACCUGAACGCCCUGUCAUGCAAGACUUGGUUUUCAUGACUUUGCUUUCGCCUGGGUUGCUUUUGCAGAGCCAGCUGUGAUCCAAGGAGGGUGCCGGCGUGCCGUUAUCAGCUUGUGUGCCCCUUGGAACCGUCAGACGUAUGCUUAGGCUGAUGCUGGCAAAUGCUGCACAGAUGGCAUACAGUGCAUUGUAAUUCCACGAAAGGGC